AAGAGCACAGCGCUUCUUCAUCAAUUAAAGCGCAGUUCACGUUUACAUUCGUACUGUACGACUCCGACUACCUGCUCACUGAGUUACACAUAUGAAGUCUCCCUGCAGCACAACCAGCAUGGGAACCCAAAGAAAGGACAGCUUCCUCUGGGGGAAAGCACCUUUAGCUUUCAAUUCAAAUGACAAGAGGCAGACUGACGUCCAUAAGCAUGUGAUUCUAGAUGAUAUUCAGAAACUCAGGCUGGAGAUCGAAAACAUGAUGACAGAAAUUCAAACGAUGGAGGCCGAUGAUGAGAAUAAAAAUGUUAUGAAGAAUAAGAGAAUCCAGUGUGGAAAAAAGAAGUUUAACAUGGACCCAAAAAAGGGUAUACAGUACCUAGUGGAUAAUGAGCUUUUGGAGUGGAAACCAGAGGCUGUGGCGGAGUUCCUCUAUAAAGAGGAAGGCCUCAAUAAAACGGCUAUUGGCAACUUUUUAGGAGAAAGGGAGGAGAUCCACCUUCAGAUCCUGCAGGCUUUUGUUCACCUUCACGAGUUCUCAAAUCUUAAUCUGGUUCAGGCUUUGAGGCAGUUCUUGUGGAGUUUCCGUCUACCUGGUGAGGCUCAGAAGAUCGACCGCAUGAUGGAGGCCUUUGCUCUGCGGUACUGCACCUGUAACGCUGGGGUUUUUCAGUCCACAGACACCUGUUACAUCCUUUCCUUCGCUAUCAUCAUGCUCAACACAAGCUUGCACAACCCCAAUGUGAAAGACAAGACCACACUAGAACGUUUCAUCAGCAUGAACAGAGGAAUCAACCAUGGAGAAGAUCUUCCUGCUGAACUACUCGAGCUCAGUCAAUCAGGUGGCAGAAUAAAGACCUGGAAGCGGAGGUGGUUCAUUUUGACUGACGGCUGUCUCUACUAUUUCCAAUAUACCACUGACCAAGAACCAAAAGGAAUCAUCCCGCUAGAGAACUUAAGUAUUAGAGAAGUGGAGGAUGCACACAAACAGUUCUGUUUGGAGUUGUUCAGCCCUCAUCGUAAAGGCGAGACGAUAAAGGCAUGUAAAACAGAAACAGAUGGGAGAGUUGUGAUGGGCAAACAUCACUCCUACAGACUCAGUGCUGCUUCUGAAGAGGAGCGCGCUGACUGGAUCCAGGCCAUCAGAGCUUGCAUCACAAAAGACCCUUUCUAUGACCUGGUAUCUGCACGCAAGAAGAAGAUCAUCGGCCACGCUUAACAACAUGACUGAAGCUGAUUGAUGAACUGAGGGGAUCUGAUCUUGCUAAACAGUUGCACACAGACUGAACAGUAGCCAAAGGGACGUUGAUGGUUACAGUGGACUGAAUGAGCUGGAAAUGAUGAAUGAGGUUCUCAGGGUGCUAAUUCUCAGCCCUUCCUCUCAGCACUCAGAGGUCACCGCUGCUGUGUGUGCAGCCUCAGGGUUCGCUUACACGGUGGUGUUGUGGUCAGGCGUUCUGUGAAAAAAUAUUUUCAAUGAAAAACAUUUAAA